UAGGGUUCUGUAAUAUAUAUAUUCCCUAAAGAAAUUUUAAACAUUUUUACUCAGAAUAGAAAAGAUUUCCCGAUAUAUUUAAUUGUUGAACUUAGUACCAUUAAACUGAGAUUUUUGAUGUAAAACAACGUUGUUCUGUUGACUUUUUGUUAAGAGUUGUGAUAUAUUCGUCAAGUAUAGACAGAAAGUUUUUAAAAAAGUUACUUUGUAAAAUACGAUUUUUUCAAUAAAUGGUUAAAAACUAAAAAUGAGGUCCUUUUUAUUUAAAAUUGCCCACCGACAAAUAAGUCAAAGUUUUUUUAAGAAAAAAAAUGAUUUUGGAAAGUGUAAUACUGUGUCGAUAGGAAAUAUUUCACCAGAACGACAUGUUCCAAAUUAUAUAAAUGUACCAGAUUAUUAUCACAAGGCUAUGGGACCUGGCAGUACGUUAGGACUACCUGAAAUAAAAACUGAAUUGCAAAUUAAAAAAAUGAGAGAAAGUUGUCGAUUAGCAGCCGAUAUUCUUCAAUCAUGCCAGGAAAUUAUAAAAGUUGGUGUUACUACAGACGAGAUCGACAGGUUUGUUCACGAAAAAAUUAUUUUAGCAAAGGCUUACCCUUCACCACUUCGUUAUGCCGGAUUCCCUAAAUCCAUAUGUACAUCCGUUAAUAAUGUUGCAUGUCACGGCAUACCUGAUGAUAGACCAUUGCAAGAUGGUGAUAUAAUAAAUGUUGACAUAACUGUCUUUUAUAAUGGCUUCCAUGGUGACUGCUCAAAAACUUUUUUGGUUGGAGAUGUUGAUGAGCGAGGUCUAUACUUAGUGCAAAAAACUGAAGAGUGCCUUCUCGACUGUAUUAGUUUGUGCAAGCCUAAUGAAGAGUUCAACAAGAUUGGAAAUUACGUGCACCAUUUUUGUAAAAAAUUUGGACUUAACACAAUUCCUGCAUUUAUUGGUCAUGGUAUUGGAAGCUAUUUUCACGGACCGCCGGAAAUACUACACUUUAAGAAUAAAAUGCCAGGAAAGAUGACCGCUGGUAUGACAUUCACUAUAGAACCUAUAUUAACAUUGGGUGGACCCGAAAUUGAAAUACAAGAAGAUGGCUGGACAGCAAUAAGUGUCGAUGGAGCAAGAAGUGCACAAUUUGAGCACACUAUACUUAUCACAGAAACUAGUCAUGAAAUUUUAACCUUAUCGGAUUAAUUUUUUAAAAGUUAUAUCAAAAUUGAGUUUAUUCUUUAAUAGUUAUGUAUAAAAUUGUUGAUUUUACUAACUGCAAAUAGCCUGA